UUGUUUUUGCGUCUUUCAAAAUACCCGCGCUACUGUAAGCAGCUGAUUCAGUUGUCAUGUGCCGUCAACUUGUAGGCAAGGUGGUGAGCUAGAUGUAGACACCACAGUAAAUUGUGGCAGUGGCUGGAAAUACAAUGGAACGAAGAAGGUUAUUGUGUGACAAUGGAUCAGCGUCUUACGGUGCAGUCGCCGAAAGUAGCGAGGAGCCUCUAUCGAUUAAUGCUGAUAUUUCUGAAUCACGUGAAACUGAAGGGCGGACAUGUUGGAGGAAAUGUCGUCCAACUGGGGGGCUGGAGAUUGGAACAUUGAAAGUGCUGUCAGCGAAAUUUGAGAGUCUUGACUAUGAUAUCUGUGAAAACUAUCUGCUUCUUGAUGAAGAAAGAAGAAAAGGAUAUAAGUUUGUUGUGAAAAAAAAUGUGGCUAGAUGGAUAAUAUUCUUUCUAAUUGGCAUACUUACAGCUUUUAUUGGUUGUUCAGUUGAUGUUGCAGUUGAAGAACUUUCAGACAUAAAAUACAGCUACAUGAAGUCCUAUGUUGACAAAUGUGUGUGGAACUAUUGUCUCUACAUACCAUUCUUGAUUUGGAUAGCGUCAAACAUAAUACCAGUUGUUAUUGGAUCAAUCUUAGUAGCGUAUGUAGAGCCCACAGCUGCAGGGAGUGGGAUACCCCAAGUGAAAUGUUAUUUAAAUGGCAUAAAGAUUCCUCGAGUGGUACGCAUAAAGACACUACUAGUAAAGGUGAUAGGUGUAGUGUGCUCUGUUGUUGGAGGCUUGGCUGCUGGUAAGGAAGGUCCCAUGAUACACUCGGGAGCUGUUGUGGCUGCAGGCAUUUCACAAGGAAAGAGCACAACAUUGCGUCAAGACUUCAACAUAUUACAGUACUUCAGGGAGGACCAUGAGAAACGAGACUUUGUCUGUGGAGGUGCAGCAGCAGGUGUUGCUGCAGCCUUUGGUGCACCUGUUGGUGGUGUGCUCUUCAGUUUAGAGGAAGGAAGCAGUUUCUGGAAUCAGAGCCUUACAUGGAGAAUUUUUUUUGCUUCAAUGGUGUCUGCAUUUACUCUCAAUGUUGUGUUGAGUACAUAUCAUGGGCACCCAGGUGAACUGACAUAUUCUGGUCUUCUGAAUUUUGGGAAGUUUGAAAAUAUUUCGUAUGAAAUGACUGAACUACUGAUUUUUGUUGUUAUGGGAAUUAUUGGUGGUUUGCUGGGAUCUCUCUUCAACCACAUCAAUUACAAACUCACAGUUUUUCGCAUGAGGUACUUACCAUACAGAUCACUGAAGGUCGUAGAAGCAGCAAUAGUUGCCAUGUUCACUGCAACUGUGGGCUUCUUAAUGAUUUAUCUUAUAAAUGAUUGCAAACCAUUGGGUCAAGAUCCUACAAAACAUCCAAUGACGAUGUACUGUGGAGAUGGAGAAUACAAUGCACUAGCAGCCAUCUGGUUUCAAACUCCAGAAGCAAGUGUACGUUCAUUUUUUCAUGAUCCACCAGGUUCCCACAAGCCACUUUCCGUUGCAGUGUUCUUCACAUGCUACUUUUUCCUGUCAUGCUGGACAUAUGGGCUGAGCGUUUCCAGUGGCCUGUUUAUUCCCUCUCUCCUGACAGGAGCAGCAUGGGGUCGACUAAUGGGCAUGGCUUUAGAAGCUAUGUGGCCAGAAUGGGGCACCAUUGACCCUGGAAAGUAUGCUGUAAUAGGGGCUGCAGCUCAGCUUGGUGGAGUUGUGCGAAUGACAAUCAGCUUGACAGUCAUAUUAAUCGAAGCUACAGGAAAUAUCACAUUUGGCCUACCUCUGAUGCUGACAUUAAUUACUGCAAAAUGGUUUGGAGACUUCUUCAAUGAGGGAAUUUAUGACAUACAUAUUCAGAUCUGUGGAGUGCCUAUUUUGCCUUGGGAACCACCUCCUUUAUCUAACAACAUUUAUGCCAGUGAAGUUAUGAGUCACCCUGUUGUAACACUCAAGACCAUUGAAAAUGUGGGUCAUAUAGUUGAUGUAUUAAAAUUGGAAGAACAUAAUGGUUUUCCUGUUGUGGAUCCAGAGUUCAGCAAAGAAGGAAACUCAAGAUCGUGUGGCACACUCAGAGGGAUGAUCCUGAGGUCUCAGUUAAUAGUCAUUUUAAAAAAUAAGCUUUUUAAUGAAUCUAGUGAAAUAUGGAAUUUUAAAGAGCUUCCAAUUAAACUAUUUAGAGAUGCUUAUCCACGUUAUGAAAGUAUUGAUGAGGUUUCGUUAUCAGAAACAGAAAGGACAUACAGUGUGGAUUUGCGGCCAUUUAUGAAUCAGUCACCUUACACUGUUCAGCAUUCAGCUUCACUCCCUCGCGUCUUCAGACUCUUUCGUGCUCUGGGGCUCAGACAUUUGCCUGUUGUUAAUGAUGCCAAUGAAGUGGUUGGUAUGGUUACACGGAAAGACUUGGCGCGAUACAGAGUCUGGAAGCACAGAGGAAAUAUGGGACUUGAUGAACUAGUAAUAUCGGAAAAAAUUUGAAUGGCAUGAUAGUUUUAUUUCAAUGUAGCCCUAAUUAUUUUUAAAAAGCUCCCAUCCAAGCCAAGCCCACAGACAGAAAAACAAAUUGACAGGAAGUGUAAUCAGCAGUACCAGGAAGUAAUAUUCUCCAUCUGUUAAUGUUUGCUCCAUCGCUUUCCAUCACCUAUAUGUCUGUGUGAAUACUGCACCUGUAAAACAAAAAUAAGAUACCAGUAUGAAGCAUUUUUAUAGUAACAACUUUGUAAAACAAUGGAAGCAAAAUUUGCUGUUGCUGCAUGAAACUAAAAGACAAUAACAAUUCUUACCAGCCACGUUCUCAACCUGAGUGUGGUCUUUUAUCUAUACCAUUUAAUGCACUAUACUGUAUGUUUCGAUGCACAAGUAUUUUUAUGGCGUUUAUGCUACGUACAAUGAUGCAUUGACAUAUUGUGAAUUUCUUAAUCUUUGAGUGGUAAUGUGUGUUUAUGGCUGUGAAGUAUAUUUAAAUAUAUUUUAUAUACUUUUUUAAACAAGCAUUGUA